CCAUGGUGGCAGAAGAGAGGGAGAAGAUAAAGCAAUGUUCCUAUGUUUUUGAGUUAGAGAGCAGCUUGGCUUGUCCUCCGGAAGAAUUGCACCAAAAUGUACACCAUCACCUCAGUAUUGGCUCUAUACUGCUAAUCACCCCCCCUUGGGAUAGCCUCCCGGGCUUGACACACAAGAGAGGGGGAACCGACCUGAUGGCAAAAGAAGAGCAGCACAGCAACUCGGCGUUCUUCGACGAAUAUACGGAACGGGGAGACAGCUGCUGGGCAGGUCUAGGAAGCAGGAGAUGCCAUGCGCAGAGAGACUGUCUGCCUGCGCAGAACUAAAGUAAACUGCCGAACAGCUGAUCGGUGGUGAAACGAUAACCAGCUGAUGGGCGGUGACCCGAAGAAUACCUUGUUAGUGCAAGGCGUGUAUAGAAGUCUCAGAUGCAAAAGCUGUGCUCAAUGAUAGUUGCCAAACGCUGAUUGGAAGCCAGAAGGGUGGAAGGGGGUUGUGAAUGAAUGAACACGGGUGUGGUGAAGGUGUGGUUGCUAGAUGGAUAGGGUGGGGGUUAACGAGCACGGGUGUGGUGGAGGUGUGGCUAAUAACUGAAUAGGGUGGAAUAGUAACAUAAGUAUAUUUAUAGCGUUAGGAGGCAGUUGCUCCCAGGGCGAACUUCGUAUAGCACAGAGCUUGUUUGUUGCUUGUCUAUGUCAAGUCGUCGCUUUUCCUCGAAGUAAACCGGAGCUGCUUUCACCCAGAAGCUUUCGUCUUUGCUUUGUUCGUGUGGAGUCCGGUAGGGAAGCUGACAGGAAAGUUCGCGCUCCUAAAAACCCAAGCCCUUUGUUCCCCCCCCCCUUCCAGCCUCUCGUAUGGGUUUUUUCCUUUUGGGUUCAGUCAGUUGUGUUUCCUGCGCCUAGUCUGAGUUUUGUAUCCGCCUUGUUGGGUUACUGGACUGGGGGGGGGGUGGAAUAGGUUAAUUUCUUUGCAAUAUGGCAGAAGGUGUACAGGACGUUUUCCCUGCUGAAGCUGACCAGGGGACUGUAAAAGAAAAAGAGGAAGGGACAGAAGCUCCUGUUGUUGAACAACCAUCGAUACGUCCUAAGAUGAGGGAAGCAAGCUCAUCAAACCCUCCUGCUGAGGUACAAGGGUCCCAAGGUAUAGCAUCUGGGGAAUACCCUGGCCGGAGAAUGGUGGCAAAGUCCUAUAGUAACAGGUAUGACAGAGGGAUGCGGAAUUGGACCAGGGGAAGACGGUCGGAUGAUAACCCAGUGGCAGGAGCGACGCCUGACGGAUGAGGAUGAGGAGGACUGGAGUUACGCCACAGCCCCUGGCCAAACUGUCAUGGACCUUUUACGGGAGCAAUUUGGAGAAGGGGGAUACCAGGAUGCACCCUCAUGGCAGAGAUGGGUGCCAGGACAAGAACCAACCUCAUGGUCGCAAAUGGGUUCCUCCUCUACUCAAUCAGUUACAGGUUGGUUUCGAUUAGCCAGUCCGAAAUUGAAACCCGAACCCACAUGUGGAGGUGAUCUAUAUCAGGGAAGGGUGGGUACUCAAGGUACCAGUUGAACUAUGGAUAAAUCACGGGGAGGGACCGGGGAGGUCCAACAGUUCCAUCAAGGGGUUAAGAUCACCUCCCGGAGUUCCAAUCUCAAGAGAAUCAGAAUCCCUUACGUCUGGAGUAGGGCUUUCGAUAGGUCCUUCACACGCAGCAGGAUGGGGUCCCGGACCAUGGCCACAGGGCUCUGUCUGGGGUCCUCCACCUUUGAAUGUGUCCUUUGAUGGCAAUCCUGAUAAACUAGCCCUUUUUGUGAGUUAAGCCAUAGGACAUGGAUAGAUACGGCCACCUUUACCCUUCUCAGUGGGCCAUGGUAGGAGCAGUAACAGCAGCCCUACAGGGAGAAGCUUUGGAGUGGGUGGCUGACUUACAUACUGAUCAUGCUCGCGAGUUAGCUAAUGUUGGAGCAUUCCUAGGGGCCCUUCGAACUCGUUUUGAGGAUUUGUCUAGAAUACGGAGGCAGAAGGGGAGGUUUUGAAUAUAAAACAACGGGGUCGGCCAGUUGCAGAAUAUGUUAGAGAAUUCCGAAGAGUAGCUAGCAAAUUAUGGACUUGGCCUGAGCGACUAUUGGUACACCAGUUCCAGGCAGGACUAGAUAAAGAUUUAAGACAAGCAUGUGUAUAUUGGGGAAUUCCAGGAAAACUACAACAAUGUUUUCGAGUGGUCACGGACUUGGACACGGGCUUGCAAGAGUUUCGUCCAAGAAGUGAUAACCAGCUAGGAUCACGUAGAAAUCCAGUACAGUUUUGGCAAUUAGGUCCAGUAUCCAACCCACCUGACGGAUCAUCUUGUUCAACGUUUUGUUGUUUCCGAUGCAACCUGCCGGGCCAUCGUGCUGUAGAGUGCAGGGAGCCACUUCCUAAGGGAAGGAUAGACGUGGCAGAAAAGAAACUACCUAGGAAAUUCCCUGAAAGAACGAGGGCAGUACAACAACAUGUCGACAGUUCAAAAUUCCGAGGGGAGAGGUUGGCUAUUGAUGAAGGGAUCGGCGGAAUGGAACCCCCAUUGACCAUAUACCAUGAGGAUAUAAAGACAUCAGAAGAUCCCAUGGUAAGCGAACCCAUUCAUCUGUUUAACCUCCCUAUCAUAAUCACCAGUACAUAUUCAGGGAAACGAACACAGUGUAACGCCCUACUGGAUGUACUAGGUGUCUCAUUGGUGAACAUUUAGUACGUCACACAGGUAUUAGAAUAAGGCCCUUACAAACACCGGUACGCUUUGAACAGGUAGAUGGAUCCUUGUUAGGUGGGUUGCCUGCCACCUAUAUCACUGAACCUGUGCCGUUAGAAUUAGGGGAACAUUGGGAAAUAAUAAGGUUUAUAGUAGUUCCGUCCAUGACAGAAAAUGUAAUAUUAGGCUUAGCUUGGUUGGACAAAUGGGGGCCAACCAUUUGGUGGAGAGGAGGGUGUCGGAGAACGUGUAUUGGUAUAGGUCCUCAACCACCUCACCAUGAACAGGUGAAAAGAGGAGAGGAAAUAACCCGUACACAGGUAACCGGUGACGAGGGGAAGGUUGAUUUUCCUUUGGAGUAUAUCUACCUUGCAGAUGUAUUCAGUGAACAGGAAUGUGACGUAUUACCACCACACCAUUCAACUGAUUGUGCCAUCGAUAUAGAAGCAGGGGCAACCCUCCCGAAACCUCACAAUGACUCAAAACAAGAUGGCAGAAUUAAGGAGAUAUAUUGACAGAAAUCUAGCAAGAGGUUUUAUCCAACCUGCCCGGUCGCGGGUUGCGGCCCCUAUCUUGUUUAAAGAGAAAAAAGGGGGGUUUACGGUUGUGUGUGGACUUUCAGGGCCUAAAUGGAGUCUGUGUAGAAAACCUAUAUCCCCUUCCACUUAUGAAAGAUCUGUUGGCCCAUUUGUCAAAAGGCAAAAUUUUUACGAAAUUGGAUUUACGAGAAGUAUAUUAUAGAAUACGUAUAAAGGAAGGAGACGAAUGGAAGACAGCAUUCAACAACCCAUUAGGAAGCUAUCAAUAUAGGGUAAUGCCAUUUGGGUUACAGGGGGCUCCUGCUGACUUCAUGCAGCUGAUAAAUGAAGUGUUGCAUGAAUAUUUAUAUCAAGGAGUUCUGGUAUACCUUGAUGAUAUUCUUAUAUAUUCAGAAGAUAAGGAAGAUCAUGUGCAAUUAGUCUGUAAGGUGCUACGGAAACUCCUCGAUGCCCAACUAUACGUUAAGCUAUCGAAGUGUGCAUUUCAUCAAAGUAAAUUGGACUAUUUAGGAUAUAGAAUAUCGGGAGGAGGGAUAGAAAUGGAUCUGACAAAAGUGCAGGCCGUGUUAGAUUGGCAACCACCACAGACGCAUCGUCAAUUGCAAAGUUUCCUAGGCUUUGCGAACUUCUACAGGCAGUUCUUUCCAUCUUUCGCCAAAGUGGCGUUGCCAUUAACAGAGUUACUGCGUACAAAACCCACAGGGAGUAACCCUCGACCAAGUCAACUCUUACCCUGGUCACUUGAGUGCCAACAAGCAUCUGAGACAUUAAAGUUCUUAUUUUCUAGAGAACCAAUCUUACGACAUCCCAAUCUUGAUGAACCUUUUGUGGUACAAACAGAUGCAAGCGAUGUGGCAGUAGGAGCAGUGCUGUUACAAAAGAAUGAACAAGGAAAAUUACAAGCUUGUGCAUUCACUUCUCGCAAAUUAACCAAUACUGAACAUAGGUGGGCUGUUUGGGAGAAGGAGGCAUAUGCAGUAAGAUGGGCAUUGGCCACAUGGCACCAUUUUUUAGAAGGAGCAAAAGAAGUUUUCGAAGUAUGGACUGACCACAAAAAUCUAGAAGCACUACAAAUGCCCAGACAACUAGCUCCAAAACACGUAAGGUGGGUGCUAUAUUUUCAACAAUUCUAGUUCCAAUUACAGUAUGUUCCGGGGGGGAAAUUUUUUCUUGCGGAUGCACUAUCUAGAAAACCCCAGUACAGUAGUGAGCGGGAGGAAGUGGUUCAGGCCCUCAUACCUCCAACUGGGCAAUCCGAUGGUACGAUCUGUAGAAGACUUGGUACAAACUCUACAAGGUGGCCUUAUGGUUGAUCCAUGGUUGAUAAGUCAUACCCAAACUCUCACUAUGAAAGAUGGGCUAGCUUGAAAAGGGGGGAAAUUAUAUGUUCCUCAAUCCCUACGAUUAGAAGUGCUUAGCCGGGAUCACGAUGUAAAAGCAGCUGGGCAUUUUGGGUUUCUAAAAACCCUACAUUUACUCAAACGACAGUUUUGGUGGCCAGGUAUGAAAAAGGAUAUAGAUAAGUACUUUCGAGAAUGUUCCAUGUGUGCAAUGACAAAACCACGAGUGGGAAAACCAUCAGGCCUGUUACAACAAGUGUCUGACCCGAACCAUCCUUGGGAAGAGAUUGGUAUGGACUUUAUAGUUGAUCUACCAACCAGCCAUGGGAAUACGGUGAUACGGACGGUAAUAGACCUGUUUUCAAAGCAGGCACAUUUUAUUCCCUGCAAAGGAUUACCAUCUGCAAGGCAUUUAGCAAAACUCUUUGUGACCCACAUCUAUCGACUACAUGGAGUACCUCGCCGCAUCAUUUCGGAUCGGGGAGUACAAUUCACUUCCCAUUUCUGGAGAAGUUUGAUCAAAUCCAUUGGAUCGUCUCAAGGACUAAGUUCCGCAUUCCACCCCAGAACGAACGGAGGGGCUGAACGUGCCAAUGCAAUGAUUGAACGAUAUCUCAGAUGUUAUGUCAACUAUCAGCAGACAAAUUGGGCUGAACUUCUACCACUUGCGGAGGUGGCUUAUAAUAACACCCUCCACAGUAGUACAGGAUUUACUCCAUUUCGAGUGGUAAACAGGAUAGACUUUGUCCCUAUCCCUGAAUUACAUCGAGGGGAUACGGGAUCGCAACAACCGAGCGAUUGGAUAAAUCAAAUUAACAAUGUGUGGAAAGUAGUUAAGAAGGCCUUACAAAAAGCUGAAGUAGCAGCAAAAAGACAGGCUGACAAAAAGAGGAGUCCACAGAAACCCUUUCAGGUUGGCGAAGAAGUAUACCUAUCCGCCAAAUAUUUAAAAUUACGCAGGCUGUGCAAAAAGCUAGGGCCAAAAUAUAUCGGGCCUUUUAAAAUAGAAUGGGUGAUUAACUCCGUGACAGUGAAACUGAAACUACCCCGCACCCUUGGUGGAGUGUACCCAGUUUUCCACAGUAGACUACUAAAACCGGUAACGAAGCCAUCAUUUAGGCAGGUACCUCAACCCCCAGGUCAAGUUGGGGGAGGUCAUUACGAAAUUGAGAAAUUACUCGAUUCAAGGUAUAGACGAGGUCGAUUGCAAUACCUCGUGUUAUGGAAGGGAUAUCCACUAUCAGAGGCAUCAUGGGUGAGGGAAACAGAUAUGGAAGGCCCUCGAUUGGUACGCAAACCCUUUGAUCCCCCCCCUUUAUGCCUCUCGUAUGGGUUUUUCCCUUUUGGGUUCAGUCAGUUGUGUUUUCUGCGCCUAACCUGAGUUUUGUAUCCGCCUUGUUGGGUUACUGGACUAGGGGGGAGUAGAAUAGUUUAAUUUCUUUGCAAUAUGGCAGAAGGUGUACAGGACGUUGUCCCUGCUGAAGCUGACCAGGGGACUAUAAAAGAAAAGGAGGAAGGGACAGAAGCUCCUGUUGUUGAACAACUGUCGGUACAUCCUAAGGUGAGGGAAGCAAGCUCAUUAAACCCUCCUGCUAAGGUACAAGGGUCCCAAGGUAUGGCAUCGGGGGAAUACCCUGGCCGGAGAAUGGUGGCAAAGUCCUAUAGUAACAGGUAUGACAGAGGGAUGCGGAGUUGGACCAGGGGAAGAUGGUCGGAUGAUAACCCAGUGGCGGGAGCGACCCCUGACGGAUGAGGAUGAGGAGGACUGGAGUUACACCACAGCCCCUGGCCAAAUUGUUAUGGACCUUUUACGGGAGCAAUUUGGAGAAGGGGGAUACCAGGAUGCGCCCUCAUGGCAGAGAUGGGUGCCAGGACCAGAACCAACCUCAUGGUCGCACAUGGGUUCCUCCUCUACUCAAUCAGUUACAGAUUGGUUUCGAUUAGCCAGUCUGAAAUUGAAACCUGAACCCACACGUGGAGGUGAUCUAUAUCAGGGAAGGGUGGGUACUCAAGGUACCAGUUGAACUAUGGAUAAAUCACGGGGAGGGACUGGGGGGUCUUCAACAGUUCCAUCAAAAGGGUUAAUUUCCAUCAUUCUCAUGGCAGUUUCUUUUGGCUUAGCUGAAGACUUUCUGGAUUUGCUGAUCGGGGAUCUGUCUGGGUUGUGCUGGGGGGUUUUGGAGCUGCAUUCUACAGCUCGAUGCCCUUCUCUUCCGCACUUGAAACACCCCAUUUGCUUCUUGGCUGUAGCCAAUGGUUUCAGUGGUUCAUGUGCCAACUCAGGUGGGGAGUGGCUCCAUUGUUUUCCUUGGCGGUGCCUCUUUAAUAUGUCGAUCUCUGCUUCCUCUGCCAAGACGUACCAUUCCUCAAGUUGGUGUGUGUCCCCUCAGGGCAGGCAAGCGUCAUAUAGGUCAUAAUUUAGUCCGUCUUUGAAAUGGCUAAGGAGGAUGUCUUCUGGCCAGUUCAGUUUGCUGGCAAUGGCCUGGAAUUCUUGCGUAUAUUCAGCCAAUGGGCGUUUUCCUUGCCUUAUCGUUUUUAUCCUUUUGUGGGCUUUGCGAUCAGCCACAGGGUCUUCAAAUUGCCUUCUCAGAGAGGACAUGAAAUGGUUGAAGUCGUUGAGCUCUGGGGCAUUGGA